AGUGUAUAACUUUUAUUAAUGAGCUUGGUGGACGUAUUUAGGGCCUUUUUGCGAGGGUGCACCCACGAGGGUUAAGUAACUAAAAAUGGCAUGUACACUUAAUUACUCCUACAUCCUUGAGAUACAAACAAGUUUUGCAUUUUAUCACAGCUGUCUGUUUGCACCUGUGAUUCAUCCAUGAAAUUUGAGUAGAAUAGAAUACACUGAUAGCUUGUAGUAUAGGUGGCCUUCUACUACUAGAUGGUAAGCAAGGAUUUAGAAUUCCGGAAAUUCUGAUUUUCUUUAACUGGGUAUUUCUUGACUUAAUUAAAAGUGCAAAACAGGCACCACGCAUCAAUGCACAACCAGAAACCUGCAUACGAAUGACUGUUUUCAUUGGUUGACCAAUCCAUGAAGUCCCAACCUGUAAUAUCGGUGUGCUCACACGAGCUUGUUCUGGUGGUUGCUUGGUUCAUUGUGUGUCAGAUGCAGGAGUACAACUAUAUUAUAUACAUGUACACUCUAUACAUGGGGCUACACUUAGGUGUAAUCGGCUACAAUGAUUGAUGUAUAGCAGGUGGGGCCAUUAUGAUCCAGAGGAGGGCAGAGCUACGAGGACAUUCUAAAAAGGGUACUGUUGCUGGGUAGAGUUAUGGUGGUCAGGAGUGGACAUGUAAGAGUGCAGCAGGAUACUACACACCCCCAUGAUUCUUCGACCAAGUUCUAUCCUGUUCGUUGAGCCUGCAAGAAAUCUUCCUGAGCUCUCUGCACAGCAUGGCUUCCAACUGGAUGAGGUUCGCAACAUUAAUGGGCAGUUCUUAAUGCCAGGUUUUGUUGACACACACAUCCAUGCCCCUCAAUAUGUCUACACUGGCGCGGCCAUGGACUUAACUCUCCUGGACUGGUUGCAGAAGUACACCUUCCCCACCGAGGCCAAAUUUGACGAUCUGCACUUUGCCACCGAUGUGUAUCAGAAAGUUGUGCACCGUACCCUCAAGAAUGGAACCACGACCGCCUCCUACUUUGCAACCAUUCACAAGGAAGCCUCACUUAGGCUUGCUGAGAUUGUUGCAAGGUUUGGGCAACGAGCGUUUGUUGGCAAGGUGAACAUGGAUUCCCAUUCGCCCGAUUUCUACAAGGAAACUACCGAAAAGUCGAUACAAGACACCAUAUGGUUCAUCGAGCAAGUGCAGUCAAUGGACAACCCACUUCUCACCCCGAUUGUGACACCUCGCUUUGCCUGCAGCUGUAGUAUAGAUCUCAUGAAGAGACUUGCAGAUAUUGCUGAGCAGUAUAAGCUGCCAAUUCAGACGCACAUUUCAGAGAACAAGGAAGAGAUUGAUUUCAUCCGGAGACUUUUUCCGACGUGUUCCAGCUACACCGAUGUCUACAGGCAGUGCGGAUUGCUCACCAGCAGGACCAUACUCGCCCAUGGUAUCUACUUGGAUGAGGAGGAGCUCCAAACCAUCCAAGACUAUGGUUGCGGUAUCGCCCACUGUGCUUGCUCCAACUUCUCGCUGAAAAGCGGAAUUCUGGAUUUGAGAAAACUCAUUGAAAAGGAUAUCAAAGUUGGUCUCGGCACAGAUGUGUCCGGUGGUUAUACCCCCUCCAUGUUGGGCAGUAUUCGCCAGUCCGUCAUCGCAUCCAACGUGCAAGAGUGCCAGCAGAGAAACAGCUACCGGAGCGUGGACUUCAAGGGGAUGUUCUACCUGGCUACGCUGGGUGGCAGCAAAGUUUUGGGUCUCGAAGACAAGAUUGGAAACUUUGAAGUGGGGAAGGACUUUGACGCAAUCUUAGUGAACCCGACAGUUGCCAACAGUCCCUUUGAUGUCUUCCACUCGACGUACUGCGAUACAAUUGAGGAUGUGGUUCAGAAAUUCCUGUAUCUAGGCGAUGAUCGGAAUAUUCAAGAGGUUUAUGUGGCUGGCAAGAGAGUUAUUCCUGCUGAAGACAGGACAGCCUAGAAUGAAAGGCAGUUUCUGGAGAGAAGUAUUUGGGGUGGAAGAGUCUGACUUGAGUCAGUGACUCGACUUGAGUCAGACUCGAGUCACAAGUUUUGGCAAAGUUCCGUAUACAUUUUGCAAGAUUAUGUCAUUUAUAUGCAACUACAUAUCACCGAUGGGGGGUCUGAUUGGCUCAUCCCUCAAGUUGUACACAUUUUGUACAAUCUUUGAUAUUGACACCGGAUAUUGCAGAAAGGCUAUCAAAUAAGGGUGCCUGAUAAAAAGUUACGGGAGUGGCAGGGGGUGACGACCGUGUACUGUGUGCAGUGAAGGGAAAGCUGACUGGGAAGAGCAAUGCAAGUCCAACUUGAUCCAAGCCUAGCUUGUUACGAGAACCAGUGAUGCCUUGAGGGUUUUCCCACGAGUCUCAGCUUUGUAGGGUAUCAGCUAAUGUUACUUAGUAAACUACCAAUUUUCAAUGGAAUCUGUGCAAAAUGCAAAUGGAACGUGGCUUAGCAUAGGAGCUUUGACUGAGUAUGGGUGCACAGGAGUUAAUGUGCUCAUUAACUCCUGUGCACACUUACCCAGUGGCUUUGCAUGGGAAGAUCUGUUGUCUAAUGCUAGGUCUAGGUCUUCACUCCAUUAGAAAUGCGUGGAGAUGCGCAGACAAUAGACCUAGCCGUAGCUCUGGAAGCCUGUUUCGGACACGGCCAUAACAUGACAUGAGCUUGGCGAAUGGUAUAUGGUACCAGUUUUCCUUAAAAUGAACACAAAACCAUCACCUUUUUUUGCAUGAGGUGCACUUCCGUCAUUAACUAGCAGGCUCUGUAGUUUUAUUAUCAUGGCUGGUGGUGUGCAGAGAGUCUCUGUCAUGUUUAUACUCUCCUGUCAUUUUGAUUCUGGCUUUUUCUUGUCGACUUCAUUUGGCUUGUCAGUAUUUAUUCUCAUGUGACAAUAAACGAGGGGCCCUCAUAGGCACGAUAGAGUUUCCGCAUCAGGGUUUUGAUGAAAUGACCACGCAGGUUUAGGUGGUGGUGCUGGUCCACUGGGUUUAGCCAGUCAGGAGACAGUAUGUGAGCAGAUGAAGCCUGUGCUUCAUGUUCACCGACUUAUUCUGGCCAGAAUUAUGGAAUGUCCAAAUCCGAAAUUGUCUAGAUUGUGACAGAGUGAAAAGGUACUAUGCUGAAUAGCCAUUCAGAGUUUUUUGUAAAAAUAGGAAGAUUUUACUUUUUUUGGUGAAUGGCUAUUCAGAGUUGUUUUUCAAAAUAAGUAAGAUUUUACUUUUUUAUAUAUAUAAGUUACAAAUUUAAAGGAGAAGAUACAUGUAUAUAUAUUUAAAAGUUAACUUACAUGUUUUAAGGACGGAUGUGAGAAAAACUAGAGCUGUUGUUACAAGGAAGGAAACAGGAUUUAAACAGUGUUAGGUUUUACUGUAAUAAAAUAACGAAGGCUUUCUAUUCCAAAGUCAGUUUAUAUCCAUGUACUGCAUGUUCCUUUGGCUCAGGGACUUUGAAAUCGUCCAACAGAUACGACAGUGGCUUCCAAGGAAAAAUAUAAAAACUGAUCUCAUGGAACACACAAUCAUCUAUUACAUGUAUAGGUUAUGUACCUGCACAUCCAAUAGCUUGUCUUCGUGAGGUGCCAAUUUCCAAGUCAAGUGUGUUUUGGGUCACAAUUAAGCCUUUAUUUAAUUACUUAUCAUGAUUAUAGUAGCAUCUCUAUGAACAUUAUGUAACAAAACUUACGUGAAGUACAUUUUGUAAUACAGAUACAAUAACAUUGGAAGCAGAAGAUUAAAAAUUAAAAUUCCAGUAAACCAAAAUCUUUUCCUUACCACUGGAUAUAGAUGUACAUGUAAUUAUGUCAAUGCUGCGUGGCCUCAAAGGCUUUUGGCAAGUGACUCAUCAAUGUUAACACAGGUUUGUUGUGAACUCAGGGGAACGACGUGCCAAAGAUUGUAGCUACAUGUAAUUAAAAAUGGAAUGAUGUAUUACA